AUGGCUGCUACCACACUAUCGCCAAGGUCAUCGGAGCACCAAUCUUCCAUCUCGAACAUGAUUUCACGCCUCCUCUCAAAGAAAAAGACAACCUCAAAGCGCAGAGAUUCUCAAGAAGAGCAAGAGCAAGAUACUAGACCGCAACUCAUCCAUGCGCCUGUUCCCCUCAUCCUCCCCGAACACCAAGAAACCUUACUGAAACUAGGGUGGACAACAAUCACAUUCCCAGAAAUUUCACCAACAACUCAAUCCCCAGAUUCGCUCUCUGGCAUCCCACCACCAGGGCCACACCCACUCCAAACCGCCUACCAAGACCUCUUUUGUGCCGGCCAAGCCUUCUUCAACCUUCCGGACUCCGAGAAGCACCAAUGGAAACAUCGUCUCGGCUCUGAAGAAGGAUGGUCCAAGAUCCCCGGCGAAAAAGAAUUCAUCACCCUCCGCUCGCUUGCAUAUUGUCCCGAGAUCCUAAGCGCGCCUGCGCAACGGUACUGGGAACUUGUUGGACAACACUGUUCGAAUACCUUAGGUCGCAUAUCCACGGCACUUGGGCUCCCAGAUGGCGAAUGUGAGGGUCUGCGGCAAUUCGUAGGGCCUUGUGCGCGGAUGCCUGUGGAAGAAGAGGGCAAGACGGCGACGAUGUUGAGGCUGUUUAGGUAUGAAGGGUGGGAGGAGAAGGUUGUUGCGGAGGCACAUGCGGAUCUGGGGUUGAUCAGUAUGGUUGUGGGGGAUACGCCUGGUCUGGAGGUUUGGGAUGGAGCCAACUGGUUUGAUGUGGAGAGGGAAGUAGAAAGGAAGGGGGGAAAGGGAGCUACAAUGCUGGUUGGACGCCAGUUGGAGAGGUUGACGAAUGAGCGGCUGAGAGCGGGUGGGCAUAGGGUUGUUGCGUAUGGGGAACCUCGAGGUAUGUCUUCUGGGGGUGGGAUAGAUGGUGUAGAGAAGAGGUAUCGGCACUCGAUUGUUUUUGUGCUGCGUGCUCAUGAGAGUACGCAGAUCGAUUCCGAUGCGCUUGAGACUCGUAUUACGGGGAGGUGGAGGCAGCCAAUGAAGGGGGUUACUGCAGGUGCGCUUUACGAGAUGAUCAGGAGUCAGUGCUUCAAUAUCAAUGUGGAGAAGGAGGAGAGAAAUGCACAGAGGAGGAAGUUGGCGGAGGCGAAAGGAGCACAGUGA